AUGAUUCUUGGUGCCGGCUGCUCAUUGGUCAGCCAGUCGACUUCCCAGGCUUCACACCUGUGGAAUCAGGUUCAGAUCUCUUACAUCUCUACAUCUCCGGCCUUGUCUGACAAAAGCAGAUUUCCUCGUUUUUUUCGUCUCAAUGCUCCCGACACGAAGGUGAAUCCGGCCAGAGUGGAAAUCAUUAAGCAAUUUGGAUGGAAGAGGGUGGCCACCAUUCACCAAUCUCUGGAGCUGUUCUCCACGAUUUUAGACGGGCUACUGGACGAGCUGGCGUUGAAUAAUGUGACUGUCAUCACCUCGGAGAUAUUCAGAGACGAUCCUAAAACCCAGAUUGAGAACCUUAAGAAACACGACGCCCGAAUUAUCAUUGGUGAUUUCUACCAAGACAUGUCGUAUAAAGUCUUCUGUGAGGCAUACAAGCAGAAAUUGUACGGUUCUAAGAUCGUGUGGUUGAUCACUGGUUGGCUGGAGGAGGACUGGUGGGUGCACAUCGAUAACACGACGGGCAUUGAUUGUACAGUGAGCCAGUUAAAGGAGGCUAUCGAGGGUCAUUUCGCCAUCAGAACCAUCUACCUGAACCCGAAAGAGGAGGCAGGAGUGGCAGGCCUCACUGCUUCAGAGUUCCAACGUGCUUAUUACAACAAAACCAAUCACCAGGUCUUCUUCGGUGACAUCAAGGCGUCUCUGAGCUAUGACUGCACAUGGGCUAUUGCUUUAGCGCUAAACGAUACCUUAACAAAUCUUACUAAUGGGACUGGUCGACCACCCCGCGAUUCCGUAGAGGUUAUAGUGAAGGUUCAGCUUGUGUCUCCUGUUCUAUUCGCCGUCUUCUGUCUCUUGGCUGCCAUUGGAAUUAUUCUUGGGAUGUCAUUUCUUGCCUUUAAUCAAUACUUCAAAGACCAAAGGAUUAUCAAGAUGUCUUCGCCUCGGCUCAAUAACGUUAUAUUAAUAGGAUGUACAGUGAUCUAUGCUACAGUCUUUUUCGAAGAUAUUAAUGGUCAGGUCGCACAGAUGUGCUGGAUUAAAACCCUCUUUCUGUUGACUGGAUUUUCCCUCACCUUUGGUGGUCUAUUUUCCAAGACCUGGCGUGUAUAUGUUAUCUUCACAAACCCAAAACUAGAACGAAAGGUUGUAACAGACCGGAAGUUGUUUGGAAUGGUAGCAGCACUUCUUGCCGUCAACAUGUCUGUUUUUGUCGCAUGGGAAUGCGUGGACCCUCAGCAAAAACGAGGCUACAAUAACACUCCAGAGAAUGUGGUAAACUUGGCGGAGGCUAGAGGAAAUGGCAGAUGGGGAGGGGUGUUUGUUUGGAAGAAUGUGGUAAACUUGGCGGAGCCUGGAGGAAAUGGAAGUGGGGGAGGGGUGUUUGUUCGGAAGAAUGUGGUAAACUUGGCGGAGCCUGGAGGAAAUGGCAGGUGGGGAGGGGUGUUUGUUCGGAAGAAUGUGGUAAACUUGGCGGAGCCUGGAGGAAAUGGCAGGUGGGGAGGGGUGUUUGUUCGGAAGAAUGUGAUUGCAGAUAACGGCGACACCGUCUACCAGCCUCAAAUAAACAGAUGUGAAUCACAGUAUCAACUGUACUUCCUCGGGGUACUCUACGCUAUUCAAGGCAUUCUCCUUUUGUUCGGCUCUUUUUUGGCCUGGGAGACAAGGAAGGUUAAGCUACAAGCUCUGAACGACUCCCACUACAUCGGUAUGAGUAUCUACAAUGUGGUGGUGCUCAGUCUUCUCGCUGUCCUCGUGUCUGUGUUUGUGGAUGAGAACGUGAACUUGUUGUUUGGACUGCUAUCCGGAAUCACAGUAUUCGGUACCACAGCCACUCAGUGUCUUGUCUUCGUCCCAAAGAUUAUGUAUUUCAAAGAGAGCCGCACGGGGCCGAUGGAUGACCAUGUGUCAAAGGUUUCGACUCUGCCAACGACCACAUCAUUGGACCAGCGCCUGAACGACCUACAGAAGCAGAACCGGGAGAAACUAGUGUUGAUCGAGCAGUUACGAAGGCAACUCAAGAUGGCACAAGAACGCAUCGUGAACGUUAGUCCGCUGGUGAAGAUCCGAGUGGAAGGAAAAUUUCCGUGA